AUAGAUCCCGACUUAGCAGAAACAAACCGCACUAUCAAGCAAGAACAUGACGCCAUUAAGUACGCCAUAACCGCCGUGGACCUAUGGACUGAUGUGGUCAAGAACUUGGAGACUGUUAAUAAGUCCCCUACACUUCAUCACGCCUUACAAACUGCGCAAGUCUUUGUCCAGCAACUUUUGUAUUUGUACAAAACCUUGCACGGACUACAACUGGCGCACAUUUGCUGCGCAGUGGCAAGAUAUUUAGACGACAAGGAAAUUUACAUCCGUAACGCAAGCACAAUACUUUACCACACUGCGACAAGUUGCAACACGGAAGGACAAGCUGCGUCAUGCUCCAAGACUUGUUGCGACUUGCAACGCCACGCGCAGACAUGUCUGUCAGAUGUGAUAGGCCGAGUGGAGUCAAUGGAUAUUGUACUCUGUUACAUUUGUGAUUUGGCUAUUCACCACGCUCGUAGGAAUAUGACAGCCGAAGCAGCUAAACUCGUGCAAUUGGCACAAGCUCACUUGUUGUACACCGUUAAACACCACCCCGAUGUUAAUUUGGACCUCGCGAUCGGUCGUCUCAUGGAAGCCCAAGCCCUCCUCUGCAAGGCGAACAGCGGCCUCAGCGCAGUCGUCAACACGCAGAGGCAUUACCUGACUGUUGCCAAUACAGCAACGAAGUGGACAGCGCGGCGCCUGACCUCCGCGGCCCUGAAGCUGCACAUCGCCGCGGCGGGCGCGGCGGCGGCGGCGCGCGCGCGGCGCCUGCUGCUGCUGAGGCGCGCGCGCAGCUGCGCCGGCGUGGCGCUGCCCGCGGCCGCGGCCGCUGCGCAGGCGCGCUUGUUCGCGACCGUCACCGACGUGCACAAGGCCGACGACGCCAAGAAAAAAAUCGACCUCCGCAUCAAAAGCAUAAUAGGCGUUCCAGCCACAAUACACCAGCCAUGCGUCACUACAGACCCAAAAACAGAUCCAAUAUUCACUCCAAAACAAGACUUCGAACUGAUGCUUGAGAACCAAAUAAAAAAGCCAAUAAGCCCCACAAAGUUUCCUGUAAUAGGAUUUAAAACACCCGAAUUUUUGUUACACAAGAACACGUGCACCUGUUUUCAGUGUGACAACCCAUUUUGUCACAUUUUGAUAUGCCUUGCCAUGGGUUACGAGGCUGGAGUCUAUUUCAGAGCAAAAGAAGUUGAUAUUGCUAAGAAUUAUUACUCGGGUUGUUUAAAAUGUUUGCCACUUGUUGAGCAAAAAUUGAAAAGUAUUAACCACAGAUUUAACAAACAGUUUGAACCUUAUUUAGUUCAAAAUUUUAUAAAACAAAUUAACGAUGAGUUCAAAAAUGUUGUUCUAGAGGUUUUGAUUGAAAAUUCGUUUUUCGAAUUAUCAUUAAACAAUUUUCUUAAAGCUGACGAAAAUAUUGUUCGAAUACAUGAAAUUCUACAAGAGCUUGGUCCAAUUGAUUGUUAUAUACAAAGUGAAGUCCGAAACUUGUUGUUAACCAGCAAAUUAUUGAAAGAUACCUGCCAGAAACCUAAAGAGGUCGAUCUUGAACAAGAAUUUGAGAAUUUGCAUUUGUCGCCCAAUGAAGAAAUUACCCUACCACCUAAAACACCAGAAGUCAAAGCUGCACAGCCGCCAAAGAUAAUUAAAAACAUAGUCAAAGACGAAGAAGUACCAAAAACAAGACGCCGAGUUAUCCAAUUCCAUUUAGACGAUGACAACGUCGAAGAUAACAAACCGAAUGCUACAAAACCUGUUAACAAAAAAGCACAGUUCAAAAUACCAGCCCCUAAAAGUAGUAAACCUGUUUUGGAAUCCGUAACACCGAGGAAUACGCGAUCGAAACCAAUUUGUAAUUCCUCAAUUUUUGAUCACGCGACCCUAAAAGUGAACGAUACUUCAAGUCUUUUGGAAAUUGACUCGUAUUUUAAAAUACCUGCUCCAAUCUCCAGUAAAUCAACUGAGAUAACGCCCAGGAAUACUCGAUCCAAACCUAGUAUACAGGUUACUCCAGCUCCAGAAUUUGGAACGCCAUCAUUCGGAGAAAGUGAUCAAAAAAGUGAAUUUUUCACACCUACGGGGACACCAGGUGAGCAGUUCUUCACUCCGAUGUCAUCUAUAAAAACCUAUACUAAGAAAUCUUUAAGACAAAAUAUUGUGAAGAAUUUAGAGGCUGAAUUCUCAACUCCUAUCGCUGACAAAGUGACUGAAACAAAAAAUCUAAAACGUUUAGAAAAUGAAGCUAAUAACCUAGAAACCCGAACGAAAAAUAAAAAUUUUGAUAACGAAUUUUCAACUCUUGUUGCGGACAAAUUGAUAGCUAAAACACAAAACUCGAAACCUGGAAAAUCUACCCUCAAAACGAUAGAAAAAGCAAAGUCCCUUGAAGUUCUUGACGCACACAACUUCGAAGCCGAAAUUUCUGCAUCGAAAUCAAUAACCGAGACCAAAAAUAAAAAACUAAAACCAAAAACAUCAAAUCUAGAAGCUACAGAUAAAGAAAACUCGACGUCCUUAAAAAAUCUUGUGGUUCCUAAAUCAACAAGAGCUAGAUCGAAGGUCGAAACUGGGUCUCUGAAAGACAAAAGAAGUUUAAAAAGGGCGACUAGCCCAGGCAAAUUGGGUAAAUAACCUAGGUUUUAAGAAUUUAAGGUAAAGUUUCAAGUUUUUUUGGAACCUGGAAUGUUGAACAUUUUACGUUAAAGAUAUUAUCUAAAAGCUUCCUUACCACGUUGUGGAACUUGUGGAGACCAUAAGGUUAUGAACCAGAACUCAGCUUGACUUGAUCAAAAUGGCUAAGUUUGCAAGUGUUGUUCUCGACAGCGGCGGCACGGGCACUAGAGUCGCUCUCCAGUCGAGAGGUGAAUUCGCGUUCGAAUAGCCGUAGCUUCGUCUUGUUGCUUUUUUUCCAUAUCGAUUGCCCACACCUAUUUUUCGAUCAAUCAAAGUCAUAUAUAAAGACUAUUCUUCAACACUACAACGAUACAUAAAAGACUUAAAAUAAAUGGUG